AUGGCUCCCAAAAGAACCAAGUCAAAAGACAAGAGAGGCAUGGCCAAGGCGCAAAGCACUUCUUGCCAGUUCAUCAAUGAGAGGGAGCGGUACCUGCAGAAGGAAUAUGGCAUCCUGUCGGAGCAUGUCAACACAUACACACAGCGCGUGGAGCACUUCCAGUCGGAAAAUGAGUUCCUGGACAAGGAAGCCCAGCAGAUCCGAGAGAACAGCAAAGCCUACCUCGCCUAUUUAGCCAAGCGCACCCUCAAAUGCCAGAACGCCAUCAUUACCCUGAAUGAUCAGAAUCGUUCAGACCUGGCCUAUGUCCUAAAGCAGAAGGAAGAGCUGACCUCACAGUACACGGACAAAGAGAAAGAAGUGAGAAGCCAGCUGAUAGAGAUGGAGACCAAGUACUCCCUCAUGACCAAGGAAGUGGAAGAGCUGAAGCCCUUCAAGGAACUGCAGUCAGAGCAGCUGGCCCGGAUCAGGGAGCUGGAGAAAGAGCUGCUGGCCAUGAAAAUCCUGCACUCGGAGCAAAUGCACAAAGUCAAGAGCCGAUUCCUGCAGCAGAAGGCAGAAUACGAGAUUCAGUCCCAGCAUGAAGUGCAAGCUCUAGCCAAGAGGGCCGAGAAGGAAGCGGUGCGAAGUCUGAUCCAGCACACCAAACAGGUGAAAGCCGAAAACUGGCGCCUGCGCAAUGAACUGCUGAACCUCAUCAAACGGGCCCAAGGCCUGAAAGGCAUCGUGCGUCAGCUCAGAGAACAAAAGGAACAGCUGCUCCGGGAGCUCCUGUACGGUCAAGAGCUGGCACACCUGCGCCACUGGCUAACUCAGCAAGGGCGCCCAAGAUGCCUCACUUCCCACGGAAGCGCAAGAGCUGGGAACAGAUCAAGCGCCACUCCAGCUACCGGUCAGCAAGGACCCAGAAUCUCCCGCGCGUGUCGAACUGGCAGCAGAGAACUUCCUAGCCCCUCAGAUUCCAGCGGCCAGUGGUGCGGGACCCAGAGUGCUCCUCUAACAGAGCUGUCUCCGGAGCAUGCACAGCCUGAAUCAAGACAGGAGUUGUGA